AGGAGGCCAAACUCCUACUGUCAAAACUGAGUCUUCUUCAUCAACAAGAGCUAGUACUUCAAGAAGCAAUAGCACAGUUCCUAUAUAUGUGCACUUGCCUAUUUCAGCACCAGGAACACCUCUCUCUACUUCCCCCUCAUUGCCUCAAGAACAUCAAAACAGACAUCCUAUGGUUACCAGGUUGAAAGCUGGUAUCCUAAAACCAAGAUCCUUAAUUGGAGUGGUUGAGGAAAAGGAACCAAGUAGUCUCCAUGAAGCCUUAGAAUCAGAAAAUUGGAAAGAGGCUAUGAAGAGUGAAUAUGCAGCACUCAUGAAGAACAAAACAUGGUUUUUAACUUCACCACCACAAAGAAAGAACAUUGUUGGAUGCAGAUGGGUUUCCAAAAUCAAAAGGGAUGUUCAUGGCAAUGUCAGCAGAUACAAAGCAAGGUUGGUUGCUCAGGGGUUCUCUCAGGCCAAAGGUUUUGAUUUUCAAGAAACUUUCAGCCCAUUUGUUAAGCAUACCACCAUUAGAGUCUUUUUAACCAUUACCACCACUUUAAAUUGGAAAGUGAGGCAGCUUGACAUCAACAAUGCCUUCCUUAAUGGUGAGUUAUCUGAGAGCAUUUACAUACAACAACCUCCAGGUUUUGAACAGGAAUCAGAAGUACCUUUGGUUUGCAAGCUCACCAAGUCCAUAUAUGGGUUGAAACAGGCUUCAAGAGCCUGGUUUUUGAAGGUAAAAUCCACACUCCAGAAUCUUGGCUUCUCUUGCUCAAGGGCAGAUAAUUCACUGUUCUUCAGAAUAACAAAGGCUGCAGCUAUCUAUCUUCUUAUAUAUGUGGAUGACAUUUUAAUCACUGGAAGUGAUGAAAGAGAAGUGAACAAAUUUAUUA